CAGUUCCCUCACGAAAAACGAAGUGUUUUCGUCCUCACAGGAUCGGAAUGCGUAGAGGUGCAGCGGCUAACCGCACCGUCCAAACCUCGGAAGAACAUUCUUUGUAAAGUGAAAAAGAAAAGCAGACACCAGCACACUGUGAUGCAGCCUGUCCCGCCCUGCAAAACGGCAAGCCCCCGAAAAAGAAUCCUCAGGGCAGCGUGUGGAGUUGCCUGAUCAGUGUGAAGGCUUUCAGCGAUCGAGAGGUUGCGAAACUGCGAGAGACUUCGCUGCCACGAGCAGAUUUUAUCUCUUCCUUUUUUUUGGAAUUGCGUGCAUGCAACCAUUGCUGUCUCUUGGUUUUUGCCCACCGGGUUGGGGCUUGCUGGAUGCCGUCACUGUGCCUGGGCAGGAAGGGAGAAAAAACUCUCUGAACAUUUCAUCGCUUCUUGUCGCUCUUGUCGCGUCUCUGCGCUGGCAUUUUCUGUGGGAUUUUCGGCCUUUCUUUCGGGAGAAGGAUGAACAGCUUUUAUCUUGGUUAGCUGUUUCCUACAGAAGCGCGAACCAGCUCGUCUCCCCUGGGAUCAAGCCAGUGCUAUCGAGUCCCUCCCGAAAUAGUCUUUUCUCCCGUCUGCGUUAAGUUGGCAAACCCCCGCUUUUGUGCGAUGAAUUGUCUCGAACACGUGGAAGCAUGAAUUGACUGAAUAUCUAGCGGAGAAAGGAGCAAAGUUCUCUUUCUCGGGCGCCGUGCAAUCGUUCCAUCGUCUCUCCAACAACUCAGCUGAGUGUGUGAAUGGCUGAGUCUUUACCGUUCUUUUUGCUCGUUCCGUUGGCUUCAGGCGCUUUGAGGAAGCAGGCAAUGCACGCGCGGCCUUCGUUUUUUCGAUUUCACGCUUCUGCCAAGAGCUAGGUUUCGCCAUCCGAAACUGCCGUACACCUCCCCUCGUGAACGCAAGCUUUGUACACCAGCAUGCUUCAUCUCUUGUCCUGUCUCCAAAAGAGAGGUUUGCAUGGUUAACAGUCCGUGCGUAGGCAAGAGUAAGGAUCAACGCGUGGAUUGCUGUGUAUUUCUGUAGCACUGAUAUUGAGGUCGAUCUCCAGAGUUCCGAGAGCACGCUGCGUUGGGGCCUUUGCACGCUGCUUGCGCUUUGCGUUGUUGUUUGAUAACAUUUCUUUUUUUGAAAGGUCUCUGUCGACUCAUUCGGCAGCAGUCCCUGAAGGACUUCUUUCUUUCUCAUUUCCAUGGCGGCCCGUACCCACACAGGGUCGAGGGGCAGCACGACAACCACCGUGCUGCCCACGGCUGUGGUGCAUAUUGUAGAGAAUCCGAGCGGCUUGCUCGGGUCCCCGACUCCGGAUACGACUGUGACCGUUUCGGAGCGUCGUGUCAGUUGGGAUAAGGCUGCAAUUGACAACGAAAACAUGAACAAGAAGAAGAGUAAAAAGUGCUGCAUUUUUCACAAGCGGCGAGACUUCGGGGAGUCUUCGAGUGACAGCGAUAGCGACAGCUCGUCAGACGCCGAAAGAGCACACGGGACUUGUGGGCAAAAAUGCGACAGCGAACGAGGAAUAAACCACUGCAAGCACCACGAUCCCAGUAACACACCAGCCGAGAAAGAACCUAAAACCCCGUCUGAGUCGUGAAAACGAGAACCCACAGCGAGCUUCCUACAGUGAAAAGGAUUUCUUAAUAUCCAUCUCACACAUGUCCCCGCAGCGGGCACCGGUAUAGGUACGAGCACAAUGAAAUCCUUUUUGGACUGCUUCUCGCUUUUCUGAAGUGCAUGCUUCAUCAAAAUGUCAGCAGCGUUUUUUAGUCGGUCCACAGAUCUGCCGACUUGACUUUUUUUCCGACGUGUACCUAACGGUCCUCGCCGACAGACGGCCUCUGGGAAACGGUGAACACAGAAGAGCUGCAGGUUCUUACACUUUUUGCCUCGGGUAUUGAUCCGAUCCUUUUUCUUCUUUGCGUUUCCAUGUAUCCACGCUUCAUGCAACCAGGCGUCUGCGGUGAUUUUUGCUGGAGGUUGGGGGCCUGCAUCCAAGGUCAGCCCACCCUAGGACCAAGGUUCGUUUUAUGGUGUAGAGAGAAGAGCAAACAUGUACAGUUGCAAAUGGGUCGAGUUGCGUGUAACGGCUUUCCUGCGCUUUUCGCAAAGGUGGUGGGUCAGCGAAAGACAACCGUGAACGUUGCUGCGCCCCUGUAGUGACAAGUCGCUUGUGACUUCUUCCUUUAAAAACCGAGCAACGUGCUUUAUAUUCUGGUUGAACAUCAAUCAGAAAGCAUCCAAAUGUUCGCCUACGCACGAGAGUGCGUGUUUCUGCUUCCCCUGCGUUGCCUCUCUACUGGCACUCCAAAUAAUCACAGAUAGACUUGACCGCAUCUUUUGCAUUUGGUAUCGUUCGACAUCCUGUUGUCGGCAAGCUGCCCGAACGGAGGUUUACGGACACCCUUCGCUUAUGGAACUAGCAGUACGUAGUCGUCGGAACAUGCGUUAACGAGAACGUCUUCCCUGUUUGCAUACGAAUACAUUGCUGAACCGUGAAUGAAGAUAUAGCUCUUUCUUGAGGGAGUCAUCCAGCGUCCAGACGUUCAGUUACAUCAACUGUUAGAUCAGUCAAGCAGUGGGAAAAUGGUACGUCAAUAUCGAAUAUAACGGUGUGCUCCUGAAUGUAAUGGUACAAGCUGUAAACAAAGGACUCCCUAACUAGAACUGAGGAGUCAAGUAGGUACAAACCGUACAAGGAUUUAUUAUGUCCAUCUGUUCAUCUAAGUUGAUACUCGGUUAUAUACGUUAGGCGCUAUCUUCCCGGCUAAACGUCCCUUUUCUUUGAAACACACUUCCCUUCUCGCCGUUAGUAUGAUCUCAAAGUACAAAGUACCAGAAGCCAUGUGAUCUAUAUAUAGUAUAACAGGAAAUUUGACCGAACCUGCGAUAGAUAAAUAUAUCUUGGAUGACUGUAUAUUAGCGGCUAAAUGUCAGCCAAACAUGCGAAUUUUAGGUUUUCCAUGAAAUCUAUGUGAAAGAAGAGACUGCUAAGACAGC